ACCAAAACAAACUCGAUUCCGGAAAGUUGCGAAAACAUGGGCAAAAAAAAGGGCUCGUACGCCGAUAAAAAUGAAGAUGAAGAUCCACCGGAGGCUGCUCAUCGGAGACACAAAAAGCAUAAGAAACACAAGAAAUCCAAAGCACAAACAUCGAAGGAGCUCGAGUACGAUGCGUUGGACGAGGGUCAAACGUUGGGUGAAUCCUUGGAAGUGGGCGAAGAAGUCGAAUACAUGGACGCCGAUCCGGAACCGGAAAUCAUCGCCGAGCUAGAGACGACGAGUGAGCUGCAGGCCGAUAACACAGUCGACACAAGCGUAUCCCAGCCGCUCAGUGAUUCACAGCACGAUCUACCGUCGAAGGCACCAACCCCGGAAAAGGGGCUCGCUGGCCAGAAGGGCCAGAAAAAGAAGCGAACGAGAGGCCGCGACAGUGGUACAUCUAGUGGGGAGGAGCGUUGGCUCGAUGCGAUCGAAUCGGGCAAGCUGGAGGAGGUGGACGAUGAGCUGAAAAAGAUCAAACCCAAAGACCCGAAGCUGAUGACGGCCAGACAGAGGGCAAUGUAUGAACGCAGCACCGACAAGGAUCCGGCGCCGGGGUCUGAGCUGCUCAUGUCCCUGCCGACGGGAUACAAGGAAAAGGUGAUGACGGCGGAAGCGAUACAGAAGGCGCAGCUGAAAUCCCAGAAACGCAAACAGAUGGCUGAUGUGAAGCGGGAAGAGGACAAAAAGAAAACCAUGGAACGAUUGUUGAAGAAGCAGGACUCCAAAUCGGUGAAAGCCAUCAAAAACCGACCGGUAAAGCAGAGAGUACCGAUGAUAACGUACAUAAAUGGUGCUAGUGGGGCCACGAUUUCAUUGCCACCGGACGUUAACUUUCCGCUGGAAGCUCAACCGCCUCGGGAUCCACCGAAACCCGUCCUGUGUGCGAUACCCAACUGCACCAACAUCAAACGGUACAAUUGCUCCAAGACCAACAUUCCGCUCUGCAGCUUCGAAUGUUACAAACGAAACGUGGAGGCAAUAAAGAAAAUCAUUUUCUGAAUCCGGUGAAUGUGGAAACCAGGAAUUUUAUUCAGGAAACCGUUUCAGAAGUCAACCUGUGAGAGAUAAAAAUCAUCGUUUC